CGGAAAUACAAACAUGCAGCUCACCUGGAGGAGCGCCUGCAUCGGCCUCCUGGCCUCGCACCUGCCCUCGACGCAGGCGGCGAACAUCCAACGCAUCACCGACAGCCUCCAGAACCCCACCAACGUGGGCUUCUACAUCUACGUGCCCGACAAGCUAGCCGCGCACCCGGCGAUCCUGGUGAACCCGCACGCGUGCCACGGCAGCGCGUCGGACGCCUACAAGGGCAGCCGCUACGCCUCGCUGGCCGACAAGCACGGCUUCAUCGUCAUCUACCCGGACUCGCCCAACAAGGCCGACAGCUGCUGGGACGUGUCGUCGGCCGAGACGCUGCGCCACAACGGCGGCGGCGACAGCCUGGGCAUCGUCAGCAUGGUGCGCUGGGCCCUGGACAAGUACGGCGCCGACCGGGACCGCGUCUUCGUCACGGGCGUGUCGUCGGGCGCCAUGAUGACCAGCGUCCUCGCCGGCGCCUACCCGGACGUCUUCGCCGCGGGGAGCGCCUUCUCGGGCGUGCCCUUCGGGUGCUUUGCCCCGGGCGGGCCGGCCUCCACGUCCAACGCGGGCGCCUACGACUACUGGAGCGACGACUGCGCCAAGGGCAAGGUGACGCGCACGGCCGAGCAGUGGGCCGCCGCAGUCAAGGCGGCGUACCCGGGGUACGACGACUGGCGGCCCAAGGUGCAGAUCUUCCACGGGACGGCGGACGAGACUCUCAACUACGUCAACUUUGGCGAGGAGGUCAAGCUCUGGACGGGCGUGUUCGGCCUCUCCAGCACGCCCGCGAGCACCACGCCCAACACGCCCGUGUCCGGGUGGACAAAGGCCGUUUACGGGCCCGACGGCUGGUUCGAGGCGUAUAGUGCCCAGGGCGUGCCGCACAACAUCCAGGUUCAGGAGGACACCGUCAUGAAGUUCUUUGGGUUGGAUUGUGCCCAGAACUGCUUCUCGUGGGGCCAGGGGGGACCGUUCAAGACCACGAAACCGCGGUGCCGCCGGGAAGCACCUGCUAAUUAG